AUGCACGCCUUCAAUCUCAACCCCACCACGGCCAUUGCUGCCGUGGCUCUCCUCUCAGCCCUACCGACUGCGCAAGCUAGUCUCUACCUAAAGAGCUCUCCCGUAACCCAAGUUGACGCAAAGAAUUUCGACAAAAUUAUUAACAAGUCAAAUCAUACCUCUGUCGUCGAAUUCUAUGCACCAUGGUGUGGCCACUGCCAAAAUCUCAAACCUGCUUACGAGAAAGCGGCCCGUAACCUCGACGGCCUCGCCCAUGUCGCAGCCGUUAAUUGCGACGAGGACGAGAACAAACAGCUAUGUGGUAUGAUGGGUGUUAAAGGGUUCCCGACCCUGAAGACUGUGCGCCCAGGCAAGAAAGGGAAGCCGAUCGUGGAAGACUACAACGGCCCUCGAACGGCCAAGGGCAUCGUAGACGCCGUCGUCGAGAAGAUCAAUAACCACGUCAAGCGCGUGACCGACAAGGAUAUCGAUUCAUUCCUAUCGACUAAGAACGAGACGGCCAAGGCUAUACUGUUUACCGAGAAAGGCACCACAAGCGCUUUGCUAAAGAGUAUUGCGAUCGAUUUCCUCGACGUCAUUAGCGUCGCACAGAUCCGGGACAAGGAGACCAAGGCCAACGAAUUGUUUGGUAUUAAGUCUUAUCCAACCUUGGUACUAUUACCAGGUGGUGACAAGGAGAGCCUGGUAUACGAUGGAGAAUUGAAGAAGGAUGCUAUGAUCAAGUUCUUGACGCAAGCCGGCGAACCAAACCCAGACCCUGCACCAUCUAAGGCCAAGGGAGAAAAGAAGGGCGACAAGAAGUCUGAGAAAAAGGACAAGAAGGCCUCUCCCAAAUCUUCCGAUUCAAGCUCCAAGACCACAUCGACGGAAUCAACCGAGCCGACUGAUGUCCCUCCUGUAGAGAAACCUGUCGAGGUUACGCCUCCUAUUCCGACUAUCACCGAAGCGGCCAAGUUGACCAAGGAAUGCCUGAACAACAAAGCGCAUACCUGUGUCCUUGCCUUCGUGCCCUCCGCUCACGGGGAGGCCGCUGAGAAGGCAUUGACUAGUCUAGCUGAGCUAGCAGCCAAACACGCCCAUGCGCAACGUCACUUAUUCCCCUUCUUCGAAAUCCACAACGACAACGAGGUCACCGCGUCGGUUUUCAAGAGUCUAGAGCUCGCUGGAGAAGUCGAAAUCGUUGCUGUUAACGGUAAGAGGGGAUGGUGGCGCCACUACGAGGGCGACUUCACCCCUGAGAGCGUAGAGAGUUGGAUCGAUGCUAUUCGCCUAAGCGAGGGCACCAAGAAGAAGAUCCCAGACGGUGUAAUUACCGAGCAUGUCGAGCCUGAGUCCGAAUCACCUUCCAAGGGUACAGAGCCGACUGCGGAAGCUACAAAGGAAGCUCCAAAGCAUGAAGAACUCUAA